CCUUAGCCAAAUAAGGCAACCAAAAUAUCACCCAAUGAACCACACUCCACCGCCGCCGUUGGACUCAAUCAAGAUCCCUUUCCUAUGCGCCCUCCUCUUCAUACUUGCUGUCAAGAUGGCCGUGGCCUUGUGGUGGAAGCCCAGAAGGAUAGAAGCACACUUUCUCCGCCAAGGAAUUCGCGGCCCUCCUUAUCGUUUCUUCAUCGGUAACUUCAAAGAACUCGACUCUAUGAUGCUCGCCGCUACCUCCCGUCCGAUGCCCAAUUUCUCCCACAAUAUUCUCCCCCGCGUCCUCUCUUUUUACCAUCAUUGGAAGAAAAUUUACGGCUCCACAUUUCUGAUCUGGUUCGGACCCAUUGUUCGAGUGGCGGUGUCCGACCCGGACAUGAUCCGAGACAUCUUGACUACCAACUCAGAAUUCUACGAGAAAAACGAAGCGCACCCUCUCAUCAAAAAGCUCGAAGGCGACGGCCUCCUUACUCUAAAGGAUCAGAAAUGGGCUCUCCAUCGCAAGAUCAUCUCCCCCGUAUUCAACAUGGAGAAUCUCAAGUUGUUGAUUCCGGUGGUGGAGGAAAGUGUGGUGGAUAUGGUGGAGAAAUGGUCGGCCAUGGCAGGCGGCGCCGCCUCGGACGAGGUGGAAAUUGAUGUUUUUGAUUGGUUCCAAACGCUAGCUGAAGAUGUGGUGACGAAGACAGUGUUUGGAAGUAGCUAUGAAGAUGGUAAAGCCAUUUUCAAGCUUCAAACACAACAAAUGAUAUUAGCUUCCGAAGCUUUCCAAAAGGUCUUCAUUCCUGGUUACAGAUUUUUGCCGACAAGAACCAAUAUUAAUUCGUGGAAAUUAGACAAGGAAAUAAGAAAAUCAUUGAUGAAAUUGAUCGAGGGUCGAAAAGGGAAUUCACAGAAAAUUUGGGCAAUGGAUGAAAAAGCACCAAAAGAUUUAUUAGGGCUCAUGAUUCAAGCUUCCAACUCAUCAUCAUCAUCAUCAUCAUCUUCUUCUUCAUUACACACUAAUAUUUCCGUCCACGACAUCGUUGAAGAGUGCAAAACCUUCUUCUUUGCUGGCAAACAGACCACUUCCAAUCUGCUGACGUGGACUACUGUCUUGCUAGCAAUGCAUCCACAGUGGCAAAUUCAGGCACGUGACGAGGUUCUUAGCGUGUGCGGUCCACGUGCUCUCCCCUCCAGAGAUGACCUUUCUAAGUUCAAGAUCCUGAGCAUGAUACUGAACGAGUCCUUACGAUUGUACCCUCCGACGGUGGCUACGAUUCGACGUGCAAAGACAGUUGUCGAGCUAAGAGGGCGGAUGAUCCCACGUGGGACAGAGUUCUUAAUCCCAAUUCUAGCGGUUCAUCAUGAUCAAAAUAUUUGGGGGAACGAUGCGAGCGAGUUCAAUCCAGGGCGAUUCUCAGAAGGUGUGGGUCACGCUGGAAACCAUCCAGCCGGGUUCAUUCCAUUUGGACAUGGUCUUCGUGCUUGCAUUGGCAAGAACUUGGCUCUUCUGCAAGCAAAGUUGGCAAUAGCAAUCAUAGUUCAAAGAUUCUCAUUUCGAUUGGCUCCUUCUUAUCAGCAUGCACCAACGGUGUUGAUGCUUUUGUAUCCGCAAUACGGAGCUCCGAUUGUUUUUCGAAAGAUAGAGACCCCAAGGGACUAAGGAUGGAAGAGGGUUUGGGUAGCUAUUUGAUCCUUGUCCUUGGUACACUAACCCCACAGUGUUUGCAAGUUUAUUAUGAAUAUGUAUGAGUAAAAUGGCUAACAUAUUGGUGUCCA